AUGAUAUACUUCAGGGCAGCUGUUAGACGCCAUUGAUAUAUGUGAGAAAAAACAGACAUGCCCAUUUUCAAUAUUGUCCCAUCUGACGUCACUGGCGGUCAAGCUCGGGACUACAUGCGAACGCGCCUUGCCGUACGUUGAACAAACAGACCCCGCCUAUUACGAACGUUUCCUGCAUACCAUAGACGCCCCCUAUCGGCUGCCUUACCGAGUUACAUCCUUCUCCGAUGACGAGGUGGAAGCUGUAUCGAUCGGAAAAGACUCUCUCUACGACGAAGACAAAGGAGAUGCGUGUUAUGCAAGACUCUUGGGGACAUAUGAAGAAGGCGGAAGUCGUAUCGGGAAAUGUAACGCCACUAAGACCUGUGUUGACAUGAUGACGUCAGAGGGAACGUCUGGAUACGUCACCACUCACCAGUUACUUUACUUCAUCGUGAUGGAAAAUGUGAAAUGUCGUGAGAAAGUUGAGGAAUUUAUAGGAAAUGAAGAAGUAGCAAAACUUCAGAAGGGGCUAUGUGCUAACAUUUAUAAGGAGGCGCUCAUGGCGACCUCUAGCGGCAAGGUCAGAGAGUCUGAAAAGGACCUGUUUCUGGAAAGAGUUCUUCUGUGUGGAACACUUGGCUACGAAGAUUUUUUGAAGGAAGACUGGAUCAAAAUGACACUUCAAUGGCCGGACAGCAAAACAGGCUGCUUCAAGCCUAGAUAUCACAGCAGUAUCUUUACAGAAAGAAGCGAACGCUCCACAAUGAGAAAACUUCUUCGGGAGAAAACUAUGAAAGAUGGCUGUCUGUCCCACACGUCCGGCCUGGGGUUCGGGACAUUUUGUCUGUAUCUCCGUCACCUCACAAUGAAUUUGUGAACGUCAAAAUAAACAGAAAUUGUUCAAUAAGGGCAUAACGUAUUUUUUCAUAUUAAACAAAAACUCAAAUUUUUCGCUAAAGAUAAACUAGAUUUUUUAUAACUUACCAUUAGAUAGCAAAUUUUCUAAAAAUAAUUGAUAUAUAGUUUUUAACCGAGCGUAAAAAUCCGAUGGUUUGGAUGAAAGAAAGAUAUUUUGAUUUUGGGAUAACAGUUUGUUGGUAUAGCAUUGUGUGAUGUAAAAAUAUUAAACAAAAUAUACGAAUAUAUGGUCAAAAUAUAUUAUUGUACUCAAUAAAGCCAUUGACACAAUA